AUGCCAAAUAAGAAUUAUUGUAGCAGAAAAAUAAAUAUUUUCUUUCAUGCAAUUCUUUGUGAAAGCUUUCAUAUCUCUUUUAACGUGAUUCUUCUUUACCAAUCUUUGUUGUCUUUUGUACGUAAAAAAUAUUUUUGUCAUUUUUUUUUUGUUUUUGCACUUUUCCAGUUUUCUUUCCUUUCUUUUUGUCCUUCUUCACUUUUUGCAUUUUGUCUUUGUUCCAUUUUGUUUUUUAUUUGCAUUUCUUUCUUUCAUUCUUUUCAUUCUUUUCUAUUCUCAUUCCUUUUUGAAAUUCACUUUUAUUUUAUUCAACCCUUCUUUAAAUUCUUCUUUCUUUCUUGCUUUCCCCCAUUUUCAGCUUUGAUUUAUUUUCAGUCUUUUUUCUUUUUCCUUUUCUUUUUCAUUUCAUUCUUUUUUCCAUCCUCUCUUUUUCGCUCCUUUCUUUCAAUUUCUUUCUUCUUGUCUUUUGAUUAUUUUCUUUUCCUCUUUUUUUUAUUCCUUUUUCAUUCUUUUCUUUUUUUUCAUUCUUUUAUUCCUCCUUCUCUUUUCCAUUCCUUUUCUUUCUUCUUUCCUCUUUCAUUUCAUUCUUUCUUCCUCUCUUUUUCACUGUUUCUUUUUCUUUUUUACUUUCUCUCUUCAUUUGUUUGCUUUAUUUUAUUCUCUUUUUUUAUUAAUUUUUAUUUCUUUUUUUACAUUAUUUUCUUUUUCUUCUAUUAUUGUUCCUUUAUUUUUUUCUUCUCUUUUGUCAUUCCUUCCUUUUCCUCUUUUUCUUACUCUCUCUUUAUAUUUCUUUCUUUCUUUCUUUCUUUCUUUCUUUCUUCCCAUCUUUUUUGUUCCAAUCUUUAUCUCAUCAUUGUUCCUUUCUUCCUGUUUUUGAUUCCUAUCUUUCUCUUUCACUUUUUUCAUUUCCUUCUUUUUAUCACUUUAUUUUUAAUUCUUCCUUUUCUUCCUCUCAGUUUUUCAUCUCUUUUUCCCGGUUUGCUUUUCUUAUUCUCUUUCAUGCUAUUUUCUUCAUUUUCUUUCUGCUUCAUUCUUUCUUGUUUCAUUUAG